AUGGCAAUGCUCGAGACAAUAAUAACAAUUUUACUUGUAAUUACGGGACUUCCAUUUGCAGCGACUGAAGAAUUGAUUGAUGAAGACAUUCAGCUUAGUAAAGUCUAUGGUGGUCCUUAUGGGGAUGCAUUCUCUGAUAUGCAAUGCAUCAAGUUUGGUCAAAUAUUGCAAUCCGUUACACUACGUGCUAAUACUUGUGUGGUUGCUGUGACAACACGAAUACGUAAACCUGUUGAGGUAACCUGGGGUCACGGUGGUUCAGAUGGACAGGAGGCUACGCUUCUCCUUGAUACAGACGAGUACAUCAACAAGGUGGAAAUUCAUUGGGCCAAACGAAAAAAACACGAUCGCGUCUUCUUUUUGAAUAUCAGUACGAGUGGAGGAAAUUGUGUAUGGGCUGGAACAAAAACGUCAAGAAGUGUUAUAUUGACUGCUCCUAAAGGUUUUCAGCUUAGCGGGUUUUUUGGUCGAGCGGCAGCUGAGGUCGAUCAACUGGGUGUUAUCUGGACAAGGAGAUCAGCAAAGUCAGCACAACUCACAGAUACGAUGGAUACUGGUUGGUAUGGCAAGAGUAUUCGCAACUGGGUGGGACCUACCAUUGGCCAUGCAAAAGAUACGGCAUGCUACAGGGUCACGAAGCCUCAUGAUAGCAACAAGGCUUGUCCAGCAGGCUACAAUAAGAAGGAUGGCGAUUGUAUCGCCCAAUGUCCGCUAGCGUAUCCUGUUACGUGUUUCUUGGAAUGCAUUCCCCAGAAUGAUGUCUGUGCAUACGAAAUUGUGCAGAAGGCUACGGCUAUGCUGGCCACUGUUGUGAAUGUGGCGACUGCUGGCGCCUUAGGCAUCAUUGCUAGCAUGAAAGACAAGAUGAAGAGCCAUUUCUUCUGCGCGGCAAACGUUGUCGGCGUGAUGAGAUCUCUCAUCUACUUCAUUAGGUUCCACCAGACGACAGCACCCCACGGCACUGUUGAAGAACUACUUGCCAUAGCGUACCAAUCUGAUGUUGUACUCGUUGAUUUGCCUGUCGCAAUAAGCCACUGUCUUAAUAUCCCUGUGUCGUCAAGCUUGGUAUUUUCUGGCGUUGUGAUGAUGAUUGUGGAAGGUAUUGCCAGGCAAACCAUUUUGCACGGAGACGACAUUCUGUCGUCCGCAAAAAAUGUUUAUCGUUUUAUACAGAAUGCCACCGCAGUCAACAUCACGGACACGAGCGUGGACGAAUUACAGGAUUUCUUGGAUAGCAACUCGACUUGUGGGUACCAGCUCAAACGGCUCACGGACUACGUCAUCCUUUCGGUCAACAAAGUUCGCGACGAGAAUCCUAAUGCCACGAUUAGUGAUAUUCGAGUGAUAAUUAGCAAGUCUAAACUGAUUCUCACCGACAUACCGGCAGCAACUAACAACUGUUUUAACGAGAUGCUUGCCUACAAAACUCAAUCUUCCGCUUUCCAGACUCGCGAUUUGCUGCGUAAGACGUUCGGCGUAAUUGUUGAUCAGCUAGUCGAGAAGGCUGCAACAAACAUGGGAGCAUUCGUAGCGGAAGCUGAGUACGUACUUGAGACGAUGAAUUUGGGGCUCACGACGUUUGCAGGGCUGGAUCCGACAAAAAUCGUUUGGUUGGCAUCUCAAUUCAUUCAACCGGUUUGUGGACCAACUGCUUUCAUCGGUGAGAUUGACGAUGGAUCACUUUACGACGCGUUGGGUCUAACAAUUGUAGAUGAAACGUUUAUCGGAAGUUAUGGCACGUGGAGUAAAAAGGGUGAUGGUGUCGUGAAACUUGUUUUCACUAGCAUCCAUACAAAAUCGGUGAAGAUUAAAAUUCACUCUGGUGGCAAAUUCAUCGUGAGGGUGACACUGGAUCCAGGCGCGAUGAUGACUUGGAAUUCCACUGUCGCAAGGCUGCAGGAGAAAACAUUGUAUCUGGAGCAAGAGCGAACAAGUUUUCUUGGUUUUUCGAUACCGGGUGGAGGUGGGUCUUUAAAGUUGUGGAAAGGCGACUUCAACCUUGGUGGAAAAGUAUCCGGUCAAGAGUCAGCACAACAUCCGGCCUCACCAAUGAUUUGCCUUGAAGCCCCCGUGUAG